CUUGGGGGAUUCUUGUCACAGUCCAUGUGCGCGCACGACGUCAUGGCGGAGGGGAACGCAGAGAAAGAUCGGCAGACAGGCCGAAAAAUGGAGAAAUCUCACGAUAAUGCACAGCAUGAGGCAGAUCAGAACGGUGAUGAAGCAGAGCCCAACUUUAGCGACCCUGAGGACUACGUCGAUGACGUGAAAGAUGAUGAACUGCUCGGUGACAUCCUGAAGCUCAGGCCCCAGAAGGCCAUCGGCAGCGACUCAGUCAUUGUGGUGGACAACGUCCCGAAUGUUGGCCAGGACAGGCUCCCAAAACUGAAAAAUGUCAUCCGCCGAAUCUUCAGCAAGUUUGGUGACAUCAUCACCGAACAUUACCCAGAGGACAACGGCACCACAAAAGGGUUUAUUUUCCUGGAGUUUUCCUCACCAGCGAACGCCAUUGAGGCCGCUAAACAGAUGAAUGGAUACCGGUUAGACAAGACGCAUACAUUUGCCGUAAACCUGUUCUCAGACAUAGACAAAUACACUCAGAUUGAUGACAAAUGGGAGCCACCCAAUCCCCAGCCGUACAAAGAUUUUGGCAACCUGAGGUACUGGCUUCAAGAAGCUGACUGCAAUGACCAAUACAGUGUCAUCUUUGACGGCGGAGAGAAAACAGCUAUCUUCCUGAAUACAUCUUCAGAAGCAUCUGUCGUAGAAGAGAGAAAGCAAUGGACUGAGACAUAUGUGAGGUGGUCACCACAGGGCACGUACCUUGCUACGUUCCAUCAUCGAGGCAUAGCGCUGUGGGGUGGUCCCAAGUUUGAACAGAUCAAGAGAUUUGCCCACACAGGUGUACAGCUGAUUGACUUCUCACCAUGCGAGAGGUAUCUCGUGACCUUCAGUCCUGUGAUUGACAUGAGAGAUGACCCUCAGGCAAUCAUCAUUUGGGACGUCCGGACAGGCAAGAAGAAGAGGGGUUUCCAUUGCGAGAGUGCUGCACACUGGCCGAUAUUCAAGUGGAGUCAUGAUGGUACGUACUUUGCCAAGCAAUCUCCGGACAUGCUGAGCAUCUACGAGACGCCGUCCUUUGGCCUGUUGGAGAAGAAGAGCAUGAAGAUAUCAGAUAUCAGGGACUUUGCCUGGUCCCCAGCUGACAAUGUACUGGCCUACUGGGUGCCGGAAGUCAAUGAGAGCCCGGCCAGGGUCACCCUGGUGGAGAUCCCCUCCCGCAAAGAACUCCGUGCCAAAACCCUCUUCAACGUGGCUGACUGCAAGAUCCACUGGCAGAAGCAAGGGGACUACCUGGCGGUCAAAGUGGACCGCUACACCAACAAGAACAAAAAGGUGUCACUGUGGAACUUUGAACUUUUCCGGAUGCGGGAGAAACAGAUCCCGGUGGACCAGGUUGAGGUCAAGGAGACCAUCACGGCCUUCGCCUGGGAGCCUGUCGGCUCUCGGUUCUGCUGUCUGCACGGCGAGGCACCGCGCAUCUCGGCCAGCUUCUACAAAAUCCACGAGAAGGGCAAGGUGGAGCUAGUCAAGACUCUUGAGAGAAAACAAGCCAACUGCAUCUUCUGGGCUCCAACAGGACAGUUUGUUGUACUCGCUGGACUGCGCAGCAUGAAUGGAACCUUUGAGUUCGUUGACACCGCUGACAUGACCAUCAUGAAUGUGACUGAGCACUUCAUGGCCACAGACGUGGAGUGGGACCCCACCGGACGCUACGUCAUCACAGGUGUUAGCUGGUGGAGUCACAAGGUGGAUAAUGCCUACUGGGUCUGGAGCUUCCAAGGUCGACUGCUGCAGAAGUGCAACCAGGAUCGAUUCUGUCAGCUUCUCUGGCGUCCCCGUCCUUCAUCUCUGCUCACCGAGAAACACCUAAAGGACAUCAAGAAGAACAUGAAGUCCUACAGCAAGCAGUUUGAAUUGAAGGAUCGCAUGAGCCACUCCAAGGCUUCCAAGGAGCUGAUUGAGAAGCGCCAGCAGAUGUUGGACGAGUUCAACUUGUUCCGGGAGAAGCAGCAGGAGCGAUACGAAGAGGAGAGACAAUCGCGAAUUGACCUGCGAGACGGCUUGGACACGGACUGCAUGUUUUCCGUGGAGGAGGAAGACGAGGAGGUUAUCGAGUUCUUUGUUGGAGAAGAAGUCAUCGAAGUCAACGAAUUUGAGGGCGAGUAAUUGCCAGGCCGACCUCAACGCAGCCCUCCUUCCCAUUGUUUGAAGGCGGCAGUCCGACACAGAGUGACAUUCUCCCCUGAACGCACAACACACCUUUCUCGGACCAUUUUCAGCACAGACUUUUGCUAGCCAACAAAUUGCUUGAAUUUGUGUCAUCUGAAGGCCUCAACUCUUGUGGGUGAAUAGAUCAAAAUUAAUAACAUAUCUGAUCGUAAUUUUCUGGUGUACAAUAUCUCAGAGUGAGUGUGCAGUUGGAAAUCUGUACAUUUUCUCUUAAGUAUAUUGUUUGUUUCAUAUAGCAUUUUAGAUAAAUCCAUAUUGUGGAUUGCAAUACUCAAUACACAAUUUUGUUUGCAAAUUGAGUGAGCGUAUAAUAGUAGAGUCUAUAUCUUUGUUCCAUUUACAUUUUGUUUUCCCCUUAUUAAUAAGGACUUUUUUCCUUAGCUGCUGUUUACUUGUUCAUUACUGUACCUUAUAUUUGUAUUGAUCCACCUUUUCAAGCUGGAACAAAAGUACACUUUGCUUUUUUGAACCAAAAACUGCUUUGUGUUUUUGGCGCAUAACUUAAAACUUACUUCACAGGUAUACGUUAUUUUUAGGUUGCAAAACAUGAGCGAUUUUCAGUAUAUGGCUUUUCGAUUUGAAGACUACAGUGAAGUUAUAAAGUGGGUCAGGAGAGAUGACCUUACUCAGUCAAUAACACCUAGCGUACAUACAGGUUACAAGAGACUUCUGUUGUGGUUUUAUGGAAUGUACCCCUCUCCUUUUCGGUUAUGUAGGCUACCAUUAAAAUGUGCUCAGUAGAGAUAGUCAAAUCA